AUGGCUGAAUUUUCAGAAAUGAUGAAAACGGUCCCGUUCUGUAGCUCUGACUUGGACCCUUAUGAGGUUCAGAUUUGGGGACUUUUGGCUCAUGCAGAGCGGCAGUGGACUGUUCCGGUGAGUGUUUUAACCACGUUGGAGCGGCGAUUCAACCUUCAGAGUGCUGACGUAGGAGUCAUUGCCAGCAGCUUUGAGAUUGGGAAUCUGGCUCUCAUCCUCUUCGUGAGCUACUUUGGAGCCCGAGGACACAGGCCACGCUUGAUAGGAUGCGGAGGGAUAGUUAUGGCCUUGGGCGCCCUCCUUUCUGCACUGCCUGAAUUUCUGACCCAUCAGUACGAGUAUGAAUCAGGGGAAAUACGCUGGGGGGCUGAAGGGAGGGAUGUGUGCGCUGCCAAUGGAUCCACCAGUGACGAGGGACCAGAUCCGGACCUUAUCUGCAGGAAUAGGACUGCUACCAACAUGAUGUACCUGCUGCUCAUUGGAGCACAGGUCCUCCUAGGCAUUGGUGCUACCCCUGUCCAGCCCCUAGGAGUUUCCUACAUUGAUGACCACGUAAGGCGGAAAGAUUCCUCCCUGUAUAUAGGGAUCCUAUUUACGAUGCUGGUAUUUGGACCAGCCUGUGGAUUUAUCUUGGGCUCCUUCUGUACCAAAAUCUAUGUGGAUGCUGUCUUCAUUGACACAAGUAAGCUGGACAUCACCCCGGACGACCCUCGGUGGAUCGGCGCGUGGUGGGGAGGCUUCCUGCUCUGUGGUGCCUUACUCUUCUUCUCGUCCCUCCCGAUGUUCGGGUUCCCACAGUCCUUGCCGCCACGGCCAGAGCACACGGUGGAGAGCGAGCAGGCCAUGCUCCCUGAACGGGACUACGAGAGGCCCAAGCCGAGCAAUGGGGUCCUGCGGCACUCGCUGGACACCGAGAACAGCACGUCCUGCUUCCAGCAGUUGCGAGUGAUCCCCAAAGUAACCAAGCACUUGCUCUCCAACCCUGUCUUCACCUGCAUCAUCCUGGCGGCGUGCAUGGAGAUCGCUGUGGUGGCUGGUUUUGCCGCCUUCCUGGGGAAAUACCUGGAGCAACAGUUCAACCUCACCACUUCAUCCGCCAACCAGCUGCUGGGGAUGACAGCAAUCCCAUGUGCAUGCCUGGGCAUAUUCCUGGGUGGCCUCUUGGUGAAGAAGCUCAGCCUGUCUGCUCUGGGAGCCAUCAGGAUGGCCAUGCUCGUGAACCUGGUGUCCACGGCUUGCUACGUGUCUUUCCUGUUCCUGGGCUGUGACACUGGGCCUGUGGCAGGAGUUACUGUUCCCUAUGGAAACAACUCAACUCCGACCUCACCUCUAGACCCAUAUGCCCCCUGCAAUAACAACUGUGAAUGCCAAACCGAUUCCUUCACUCCCGUCUGUGGGGCAGACGGGGUCACCUACUUAUCUGCCUGUUUUGCUGGCUGCAGCAGCACGAAUCUCAGUGGCUGUUCGUGCCUCAGCUCACUCCCAGCUGAAAACGCUACAGUUGUUCCUGGAAAAUGCCCCAGUCCCGGCUGCGAAGAGGCCUUCCUGACAUUCCUCUGUGUGAUGUGCGUUUGCAGCAUGAUCGGGGCAAUGGCGCAGACGCCGUCGGUUAUCAUACUCAUCAGAACUGUGAGCCCCGAACUCAAGUCUUAUGCUUUGGGGGUGCUUUUCCUGCUUCUCCGUUUGCUAGGUUUUAUCCCACCUCCGCUGAUCUUUGGGGCUGGAAUUGAUUCCACGUGUCUGUUCUGGAGCACAUUUUGUGGCGAGCAAGGAGCCUGUGCGCUGUAUGACAAUGUGGUCUAUAGAUACCUGUAUGUUAGUAUUGCUAUAGCCCUGAAGUCUUUUGCAUUCAUCUUGUAUACAACCACCUGGCAGUGCUUGAGGAAAAACUAUAAAAGAUACAUCAAGAACCAUGAAGGUGGUCUCAGCACUAGUGAGUUUUUUGCCUCUACUCUCACCCUAGACAAUCUGGGGCGGGACUCGGUGCCCCAAAAUCAGUCGCAUAGGACAAAAUUUAUCUAUAACCUUGAAGAUCAUGAGUGGUGUGAAAAUAUGGAGUCUGUUUUAUAGUGACUAUGGAUGGAUGAACUACAUUAAUAAUGUAAGGGUCCUUUUUAAUGAAAACAAAAAGAGAGAGUGAGAAUGAAGGAAUACAAAACAACAACGGCAACACAGGAAACUUUUGUCCUUUUCUCAAGAUCAGAUCCAGCCAGGAUUCAGAACAACCACCUCUUUUAAUGGGAUCACUGUUGAAAUCCUGUGGGGGUGAUGGAGAGAACACAACGCCGCUAUGGCUGGGUACCAGCCCAUUUGAUGAUAGUACAAGCUUCCAAGAUGGAAACAGCUGAAGAGCAUCGGUAGCUGCAGAGGUUCACUGGAGAGCUCAGCGAACAGACAGGCUUGGGCGUGAGGCAUAAAGGAGGAAGACGAUAAAGGCAAUGACGGAUUAGGUGGUAGCGACACUGAGUGCCCUGGGGAUAUGCGCAGCCCCGUUACUUCUGCAGUAUGGGCUAACGGGUUAGCUGGUCUGGGCGCUGCUCAAACCCAGUGCGCUCUCUCAAUGAUGGCAAAGAGGGAAAGGGGGCUGGAGUUGUUUAGCCAGUCACACUGUCACCAGCCAUGAGUCCGCGUUAAAUACCUUGAAAGCUGCUGGAAAUCCUCCAGGUAGAGAGCAAUGCAGUGAGAGUUAUCAAAGUCCUUCCAGCCAAGGCUUCUUUGCAGAUCGCAGCUUCUUGGUUGUCUGUGAAUAGCUGUGCUCAGAUCUUUCAGAUCUAGUAAAGUUCAAGACAUUUGCUCACACUUGCCAAACGUGCUGUCAUUUUUAAAGGGGGAUGAAUUCCAAAUAUUUGUCUGUGUAGUCCUCUAAUAAGAUUUUUUAAAAUUAUUUUCAAGCCUGUGUUAACCCUUAAAUCACUGACACUUUUCCAGAGGGGGGAUUUAUUUAUGCUAGUUUGGGGAAGGAUCCUGUUUAAUUCACCCAAACAUAAUGUGACUCAAGGGACUGUUUAAUCCUCUGCGUUUUUUUAUCCAUACGCCUUCAUUCUAAUAUGCUACCAAGCCAAUGAGGACACAUACUAUGUUUUUAAAAAGGAGAGCGAAUGCACUGUGUCUCUAUAAAAAUAAUUGCCAGUUGGAGAAUUAGAGAUAAUAUGAUGAUUUACAUAAUAUAGUUUUUUCAUAUUAUAUGUG